AUGCCCGGAGUUGACGUUUGCUCGUUCUCCGCUUCCUGCUCCAGUCGGCUAGCCGUUACAGCCUCGCCGGCCGCCGUCAACUUCGUCGUCUUCUCAAAUUUGGAUCGCGACAUCGCCGUCAGUUCCGGCGCGAAUGCCGCGGGUAACUCUGGCAAAAGCUGGCGGAAGGACGGGGGGCACCGCGCGAACACUCUCCGAGCUCAAGCCGCCAUCCUUGCGCCGCCGCCGCCUGUUGCGGAAGAGCCGGAAGCAAUAGCGGACACGGGCAGAGGCGGGGGAGAAGACGGCGGAUGGUUUCGGGGCGGAGACGGCGACGACGGCGGAAACAACGGGGACGGGCGGUCGGGGGGAAGUGGAGCCGGCGGAGGCGGCGGGGGGGACGCUGGCGGAGACGACAGUGGGAGGGGCGGAGAUUUUGGCGCGCUCUUGGGAUGGCCACGCGUCGAGGCGGUUUUGCUGCGGAAGGGCGUAACGCUUCCGGAAGACAUGCUGCUACACGCGCGGGAGCACGGUAUAUCGGAAGUGAUUCUACAGAGGUUCUUGGACCUGCAGAACUCGUCGCUGGGCCCCGCUAUAAGCAACUGCGCGGCAAUUCGUAACCGGCUCCUAAUGGACCCGUCGUUCCUUUUUAAGGUUUUCACGGAGAUCGCCAUCGACUGCGCGUGCGCGACGUUCGCGGAGGUGCAGAAGCGAGGCGACGAUUUCUGGAAGGAGUUCGACCUCUACCUCUCGGACAUGCUCGUUGGGAUCAUUAUGGGGGGUGCUGUCGUGGGCUCGCUCGCGCCAGCCGCGAAAUUCGCCACGUCAGCAGCUGGCGGACGGUUGCCGCGCAUCUUGCCGCGUGGGGUUUCCGCUGCGCUUUCGUCGCUCCCAAGCAGUGUCUUUGAGGCAUCCCUUCCGGGCCAUAAGUUUUCUGCUGCCCAACGAACUGUCACUCUCUUCGUCAAGGGCGUUGAGUAUGGAGGGUUUGGCUUCGCAUCGGGCCUUCUGGGUCAGGGGAUCGCUAACGGCGUGAUGUCCCUGAAGAGAAGUGUGCGUCAGAAGGGUGACGAGCCUGCUCAUAUAGAGGACAGCCACAUCAAACCACCACCGCUUUUCAAAACGGCCCUUCUUUGGGGAGCCUUCAUGGCAGUUUCCUCCAACCCAAGGUAUCAGGUCGUCACAGGCUUGGAGCGGCUGGUUGAUGGCUCAGCAGUGGCUCGGAGCCUGCCGUGGCUAUCAGGCUCAUUUACGGUUGCGAUGGCCACCAGUCGGCAACGUGGUUACGUCCAACCAUUGUCGGGCGGGGAGGAGCAAGGCGGGCCCAUGUCCCCCUACGCGCAGCCCCGCCGAAUGGGCCCCGGCGGAGGGGGAAGCGGAGCGGACGGUCCCCCCGCCCGCAAUCCCGGCCGCGGACGCCGCGUGGCCGGCGGCGGCGGCGGCGGCGGCGCCCCUCAGGCGCAAUUCACGCGGAUUAACUCGAUGAUCUACCAGCCGUCUCCGCAGCAGGAAGAGCAACCGGCGGAGCCCCGUUAUAAGCGCACUCUCUCUAUGGUCGCCCCCGCGCCGAACAACAAAACUCCGCCGCGCGGAAUUAGAUCAGCAGGCGCGGGGGGGGCGCACGCAGGAGGGCCAGGCAUGGGCGCGGGGAGGGGCGGGCGGGGGAAGCUUCCGCACUCGUCGUCCGUGGGCGGGCCGGACGGCGGGAUGCGCAGGGGAGUGGGCGCGGGGGUGGAAGACCCUUUGGCGGACCAAUUCGGGCGGAGCAUGACGGUCGGAAAUAAAGCGCCCACUCCGCGCGGACCUGCUGCGGGGAGAGGCGCUGGCGGAGGCGGGCAGUUUGGCGGCGGAGAGCCGGAGAUUGGACGGUCGUUGACGGCCACUGACGGCCGGCACCGGUCGCCGUUAAGACAGAACCCGCACGCGACGGGGGGGAUGGGCGUCGGGGGGAUGAUCACUCCGCGGAGGACCCAGGCGCAGCAGAUGGUGGCGGGCGGAGGGCGCGGCGGAAUGGGCGGGAUGGGCGGAAUGGGGGGCGCGCCGGGCAGUCCGUAUCGCCAACGCGCGGGGAGCGGGUUUUCGCAAGGCGGGUACAUGGAGGGAGGCGGAGAGUACGGUGACGAAAGCGACGGGAUGUACGGCGAAGAUGGUUACCACCAGAACAUGCAACGGUCGCGAUCCACGGGCAUGGGGAUGAUGGGCGCAGGCGGGCGCAUGGCGGGCGGGGGGAUGGCGAUGGGGGGAAUGGGCGGCGGGAUGCCUCCGCAUGCGCCUGGGGGAAGGGGAAUGGGCGGAAGCGGGCGCAUGGGCAUGGGGGAAGAGCACUACUACACGUCGGACGCGUCGGAAGGGGGACCCGGCCCCGGCGCGGGGGCGUAUCCGCGCAGCCGGUCGGUUAAUCCGCGCCUAGAGGGCGCGGCGGAAGCAGGGGGGAUGGCGGCGCAGGGGAAGGCGGGGAAGGCGGAGGUGGACCCGUCGGAACUGCCCAUGCUCCCCCCCCCGGGCAGCCCGCAAGUCGUGCAGUGUCAGCGCUGCUCUCAGCUAUUGGAGGUGCCAGCAGCCCUCCCGCCGGCCAAGAAGGGCAUUCAGAAGCUGCGCUGCGGCAAGUGCAUGCGUGUCUCACGCUUCCGAGUCAACCCAGCAGAUCCCCGCUCUGCUGCUGCUGCUGCUGCUGCUGUUGCCGGUGGGGUUAGCGGCGGGGAGGGGUUUUCAGAUAACCCUGACGUGGCUGAUAGCGGGAAUGAGUAUCCGCAGAAUGAUUAUAUGCAGCAGCAGCAGCAGCAGCCUCCCAGGUCCCCUAGGCUGCUGCAAGGGUUACCUGGUGCAGGAGGGUUUGGGAGAGGCAUGGGGGGAGGGGGAGGGGGAGGGGGAGGCGGAGGGGGAGCGCCCCCGCUGUCUCCGCGCAUGCAGCGUCCCGGAGGGGGGUUUGGCGGUCAGCAGAUGCAUAAUCCAGGUCAGCAUGGGCGCAUGCCGUCCAACGCGGAUUCGGAGAGCACUGUUGUGAUUCGCCAGGAGUCGGCCGGGCGGCACGCGGCCGGCAGUUUCUAUCACCACAUGCGGCCAGAAUCAGAAUCAGAUCUGAGUUCCCCUGUUAGUGGCACAGAGGGAUAUGGGGGCGGAAGGGGAGGCGGAAGAGGGGGAGGCGGAGGGAGGGGGGGAGGGGUGAGCGGACCUAGACGGAUGAUUUAUCAGCGGCAAAGCAGCUUUGAAUCGGGAGAUAUGUCUUCUAGUGGAGGCAUGCCAAGUCCGUCCCCUAGAGGGCCGAGGGAGGGGGGUGGGAUGGGGGGAGGAGGGGGGAGCGGGGGGGAGGAGCGGGCGGCGUAUGCGCGGAGAGUGAUUGUGAAUGGGGAGCCGAUUCGGGAUGACUAUGUUGCUGUGGUGGAGCAGAAGGCAGGGAAUAUUCACCCGGGCAAUUACUGGUACGACCAGGUCGCAGGGUUCUGGGGCGAGAUGGGUGGCCCAUGCCUCGGCAUCAUUCCGCCCGGGAUUGAGUUCGGGACGCCUAUCCCCGUGGACUGUGCAGGAGGUGCAACACGGGUGUAUGUGAACGGUAGGGAGCUGCACAAGAAGGACCUGGAUCGGCUCAUGAAGAGAGGGCUGCCGUCGAAGCCCAACAUGUCGUACCGAGUGGAGAUCAAUGGGAGUGUGUAUGAUGAGGAGACGGGUGACUAUCUCCUCAGCCUGGGGAAGCUCGCACCCUCGCUGGAAACAAGGAAGCGGGGUGGCGGCAUGAAGGUGCCUGAAUCUAACUGA